AUCCCGCCUGGUGGCUGCAGGUGCCGAGAUAGUGCAGCCCCGGAAUGAAAUCACUCUGAGUUCAGACACAGAGAGGAGUAGACGUGUACAGUAGUGCUCCGAGAAACCUGCUCUUAAUUUGCCGUCAUGGCCAUGAUGAACAUUACCUACUACCCAGAGAUGAACCAAGCCGUGCCCGGGGGCGCCUCCCUGAGCCCAGGCCACGAGGGUGCCUACGGGGAGUGCCAGGUGCCAUCCCCCUCCCAGUGGUCGGACCCCUGCUACUCUCCACCCUCUUUCCACUCCCCCAGCACCUGCCUGGGGAGCUGGAGAAGGUGAAGGAGGAACCCUUCUCCCCCUCCCCUCCCUCAUGCCACAACUUCCCUCCCUCCCCCCAAGCCCCCCACCAUGUCUCCCCUUACGCCCGCCCCCUCCAAACCGUGAUCAAGAAGGAGGCUUACGAGACCUCCCUCAACCUGUCGGAGCUGCUAGCGGAGAACCGGAUCCUGACCAGCACCCACCAGCAGCUGCAGCAACAGGCCCCCCCGCAGCACUCCCAGCCCCACCAAUAUGGCCCCUACUCUGAUCAUCCCCUCCUCCGCGGCUGCCUGGAAGACACCACCUUCCAGAAGAAGAUCCCCAUGCCCACCUACAAGUCCCCCAUCCCUCAGACCCCCUCCCCAGCCACCGCCCCCUCCCCCAGCAGCGAUGACCUGGGCUUCCUCGGCUUGCUGAUGAACGAGAAGCAGGAGAUCGAGGAGGAGAUCCCUGUGGUGACGUCCUGCGCCUCGUCCCCCACUCCUCCUGCUGCCCCUGCUCCUGUGCCCGCUCCGCCCCUGGCCCCCAUCAGCGCCAGCCAGCGGGACAUUCUGGAGGCCGUGGAGCAGCUCGCCCUGGAGCACGCCAGGAGGGACGUGCAGAUCGUCUCCGACUCCCUCAACAUUCCCCGUGACCCCGCCCAAUGGAGCAUGGCUGACGUGCGUGCCUGGCUGGACCAGCAGGCCGCCCACCUUCAGCUGCCACCCCUCAUGCUUCACUCCUGGAACUACGGAGGCCCCGAGCUCCUCAAGCUGACGGAGGCUCAGUUCCGUCAAUUGGCCCCUGUGGGAGGCGAGCUUCUCUAUGCCCAGCUGGAGAUAUGGCGCAGCGCCCUACGUGCAACUCCUAAGCUGUUCCAUCACAACCAGCAGUGGUCGGGUCAGCAUAGUGAGCAAGGCCAGCUGGUUACCUCCCUGCUCCCCCCGCAGCAGCAGCAGCAGGUACCCCAGGUCGAGUCCUCAAGCCAGGGCGGCUCUCCCUCCCAUAUUGGGUCUCCCAACCACCUGGGUUCACCUAGCCACUUGGGUUCCCCAUCCAGCCCUCCUCUGUCCCUCCCCACAAGCAUGGGUCAGGUGCCCACGCCUGUCAUGCAGGUGACCCAGCAACAGCAGCAGCAGCAGCAGCACCACCUUCAGGCGAUGAGCAGGGGAUCCUGCUCCCCGCCCUCAGGCCAGGGGCAGGCAGCUGGAAGCGGAAUGUUCCUUGACGAGCAGUGCUUGGAUGUGUCGACGCUUCUCCAGCGGCAGAGCAGCCCAGAGGCCGUCCACACCGCCCGCCUACCCGCCCACUCGCCCCAGGAGGAAGGCUACGACUCUGAGGUGGGGGGGACUGGGUGGGGGACAGGCUCAUUAAUCAAGGAACCUGUAGGGUCGGGGCAGCGGGCACCGGAGGCGGAGGGCGUGGCGGGGCUGAGCAUUAGGGCACCGUCUAUCUUGGGAGGCCGAGAGUCGGAAGGGUUGCCAGGCCACAGAAGAAGUGGAGGACGAUCCCUGCACCACCACCACCACCACCACGGGGGGCGCGGCGGCACUCACAUCCACCUGUGGCAGUUCCUGAAGGAGCUCCUGCAGCAGCCACAACUUUAUGGCUCUUGCAUCCGUUGGCUGGACCGCCAGAAGGGCGUGUUCAAGAUCGAGGACAGCGUGCGUGUGGCGCGACUCUGGGGCAAGAGGAAGAACCGCCCCGCCAUGAACUACGACAAGCUGUCUCGCUCCAUCCGCCAGUACUACAAGAAGGGCAUCAUGAAGAAGACUGAGCGCUCCCAGCGGCUGGUGUACCAGUUCUGCCACCCCUACAGUCUGUAGAAUGCGGCUAGAUCCCGGUGUGCCUGUCUGUGUGUCUGUGAGAGUGCCCAACCUAGCAUUAAGGGGGGAAGGUAAUUUCCCUUGAUUCCAUGCACGGUCGGUGUCGGUUGACUCGGUCUGAGCCAGACCUGAGCGCCACCCCACGACCCUGUGUGUUAUUUUUACACCAUAUAUCUGUGAUAUAUUGAAAUAUGUAAGUUCUAUGAACUUCGUGUAUUUUGCGUCCGUGGCGGCAGCAGUUAGUGUCGCCCGGACAGGCAUAGGCCUAUGUCAACAUCUUGUAGCAUAAGUGUAGGCUUAGCGGCGGGCGGCGGCGGGCGAGGCGCAGCGAGUUGCAGCGCCACGCCCGGCGCCGGACGCCCCCUUAUAUUCAACAUUAAAUUAAGUUAGUAUUAGUGUUAGUCGUGGUGAUGCAGAGGGCCAAUGGGCCUGUGGGGAAGGAGAGGGGAGCGGCCACCCCUCUCCCUCACAGCCGCCCACGCAACCGCCCUCACUUUGGCGCUAGCGUGAGCGGCCCGCCACCACUUCCCGCCCGCGCCAUCACACACUGCUGGCGGUGCGGGCGGCCGAGCGGGGCGAGGCUGUCGCUUCGGCCACAGCCCAUCCUCGCCCAUCUGGGGUUGGACGGUAGUGUCGGCGUGGGCGUGGUGGGAUGCUUUUGCCACGCCAGCUUCCCGCCAGGCCCAGCCCCGCCCGAUACCCGCUGUUCUCUAAUAUUCAUAGUAUAUUUUGGUACUAUGUAAAUUAUUGUUGUUUCAUACUUUUAAGAAUACUGAUUGUAACUAAAAAAAAAAAAAAAAGGCCCCACAUUUGGUGCAGUGCGUGGCGGCGGAGCUGUGGCGCCGCGGAAAAUAAACUCCACCCCACA